ACUUUGUCCAUCUCCUAAGUCCUAACCUACUUUGCUACUCGUUGUUGCUACUGGUAGCCAUUGCGCUAACAAACCCCUCUGCUAGCUAAGCUUAUAUAAAGCCUGGGAUCUUCCACAACACUUCAUCACAAUCUCGACAUCUAGCAGCAUCCAGUCUAAACACUAAAAAGAUCAAAGUAUCAAACUUGACCAAGAGAAAACAAUAUUGUGUUGUAGCUUAGAAGUGAUAAGUCACACUUGAGAUGAUGGCGCCUUCGCGUCCAAUGGCUAGUGCCGUCCUCUUGGUUGUGUGCACGUUGAUGGCUUUGCAGGCAAUGGGGGCGGACGCGUACUACAACAACGGCAGCGACGACGGCGUGACGAUGCAGAUGUUCGAGGAGUGGAUGGCCAAGUUCGGCAAGACGUACAAGUGCCACGGCGAGAAGGAGCACCGCUUCGGCAUCUUCCGCGACAACGUCCACUUCAUCCGCGGCUACAAGCCGCAGGUCACCUACGACUCCGCCGUGGGGAUCAACCAGUUCGCCGACCUCACCAACGACGAGUUCGUCGCCACCUACACCGGCGCCAAGCCGCCGCACCCCAAGGAGGCGCCCCGCCCCGUCGACCCCAUCUGGACGCCCUGCUGCAUCGACUGGAGGUUCAGGGGCGCCGUCACCGGCGUCAAGGACCAAGGCGCCUGCGGGUCUUGCUGGGCGUUCGCGGCGGUGGCGGCGAUCGAGGGGCUGACGAAGAUCAGGACGGGGCAGCUGACGCCGCUGUCGGAGCAGGAGCUGGUGGACUGCGACACCAACAGCAACGGGUGCGGCGGCGGGCACACGGACCGGGCGUUCGAGCUGGUGGCGUCCAAGGGCGGCAUCACGGCGGAGAGCGACUACCGGUACGAGGGGUUCCAGGGGAAGUGCCGCGUGGACGACAUGCUGUUCAACCACGCGGCGCGCAUCGGCGGGUACCGCGCCGUGCCGCCCAAUGACGAGCGGCAGCUGGCGACGGCGGUGGCGAGGCAGCCGGUGACGGUGUACAUCGACGCGAGCGGGCCGGCGUUCCAGUUCUACAAGUCCGGGGUGUUCCCGGGGCCGUGCGGGGCGUCGUCAAACCACGCGGUGACGCUGGUGGGUUACUGCCAGGACGGCGCGUCGGGGAAGAAGUACUGGGUCGCCAAGAACUCGUGGGGAAAGACGUGGGGGCAGCAGGGCUACAUCCUGCUGGAGAAGGACGUCCUGCAGCCGCAUGGCACGUGCGGCCUCGCCGUCUCACCAUUCUACCCCACCGUCUAGCCGGCCAUAUACAUAUAUCGAUCGCAGCUAGCCGCAUGCCGGCCGUCAUCCUCAGCCAGUUCUUCUUCUUUUUCCUCGCCGUUAGUUACAACAAGUUGGAAUAAUUAAGGAAUAAUGAUCGAGUAGCGUUUGCGAGGUUAACUAUUGAAAUGAGUGAAUGGUCCUGUUUGUUCGAUGUUUAAUGCGCUGGAUUUCCCUUGAAAAGUACACAUGAUAAUGACAUACGUACUGGUGGUUAAUGUA